AUGUUUCAAAUAAUAACUGCUUUUGAACUGAAACUUAAAUUAUGGCAAAGUCAAGUUAAGGUGAAUAAUUUUAUGUAUUUCCCUGUGUUGGCCGAAUACAAUCCCAAGAAUAGCGAGUAAUAUGCUUCUUUAAUUUUAAUUUUAUUAAGUGAAUUUGAAACCCGUUUUCAAGAUUUUCGUAAGAAUAGUCAACUCUUUGCUAUUUUCGCAACACCAUUUUUGGUUGAUAUUACUGCUGUAGAAACUAAAUUUCAAAUGGAAUGUAUUGAGUUGCAAUCAGAUAUUCAACUCAAAGAAAAAUUCAAUCAAUCACCUUUACUAGAUUUUUGUAAAUUAUAUCUACCCAAAGAAACAUAUCCAGUCCUUCAUGACUAUCUAGCCAUAACUUAA